CGAGUUAGAGGGGCUUUUGCUGGGUUGAAGAUUUACCGUUCAUGUCCAUGUGCAGCAUGAGAGAGCUGGUAAUAUUAGCAGCGUUGGUCUCGGCUCUACACGCAGCCAGCCUCCUGACAGGCACUGAUGUGCAAUAUAAGUGCCAAGAAGAUCAGGACAAGAUUGCUACAUUAGAAGCUGAGAGCUUCAUUAAUGACCGUCACCGCCAUGGAUACAAAUUCAAAUUUGUUUCACAGGACAGUCGCAGUGCAGAGAAGAAGUCUGAUCCUUGUGAGGUCAUCUUGGGAAUAACACUAGAGGAAACUGAGUGCCACAUCGUGAAUCCCAAAACUUUAGAUCAGUGUAAGACUAGAAUGGAAACACAGACGAAAGUGACAGCAAAAUGUAAUGUGACCGUCUCCAGUGUACAGGGAAAAGCAUCUGUGAAGCGCUACACCUGUGACACAGAACCAGCGUCACAUGAAAUACUUGUGACAAAAUGCCCUGACUGCCCCAGUCUGCUGCCCCUGCAUGACCCGAAGGGUCUGGAGAGUGUGAAAACUGCCCUGCAGAAAUUCAACAAAGGAUCUAAUCACAAGUCUUACUUUAAACUGAUGGAAGUGGGAAGGAUAAGCACACAGUGGAUGUUUUCGGGUCAGAGCUUCUUUUCUCAGUUUGCCAUUAUGGAGACAAACUGUACAAACAAGGAGGUACCCCAGAAUGAAGAAUCAUGCAAGGCUUUAUGUGGGGAGAAGGCUCGGUAUGGCUUCUGUAAGGCCACCAUGGUUGGAAUUGAGGAACCAGUAGUGGAAUGUGAGAUUUAUGAAGCUAAGAACACAACUCAUCCAUGGAAACAUCCUGCUCAGUCAAGAAGAGACUGUAAAUUCCAUGGUUUCCCACCAGGACAUCGUCCAGGAUAUGGUCCCCCUCAUCGCCCAGGAGAUGAAGGCCAUGACCCCAAGGACAAAACAACAGACCAAAGGGGCCAUCCAGAACAUGCAGGCCGUGACCCCAAGGACAAAAUACCAGACCAAAGGUGGCGUCCAGAACACUCAGGCCGUGACCCCAAGGACAAAAUACCAGACCAAAGGGGGCGUCCAGAACACUCUGGCCGUGACCCCAAGGACAAAACACCAGACCAAAGGGGCCAUCCAGAACACGCAGGCCGUGACCCCAAGGACAAAACACCAGACCAAAGGGGCCGUCCAGAACAUGCAGGCCGUGACCCCAAGGACAAAACACCAGAUCAAAGAGGGCAUCCAGAACAUGCAGGCCAUGACCCCAAGGACAAAAAUCAUGAUGACAAGGGCCAUCCAGAGCAUCCACAGCUCUGUUUAAGACGCCCUUCAGGAGUUCCAGAAUCAGCGCAUGAGUUCCCAUGCCAUGGCUUUGUAAAAAUACCCCCCUCUAUUUAUCCAAUCUGCCCCUUCCCUCCACCACGUCUCUGCAGAGGCCCUCCAGACUUGAUACAUCCUCCUUCACCUCGUCCUCCUCUUCCUCAGUAAUUAACCCUAAAAUCUAUAGAGGAACAAUCAGAUUUCAUCCCAUUUUGCAGGGUUUGAAAGAGUAAACAGUCAAAACUGAACAACACAAGAGUGAUAAUGUCUCCAGAAUGUUCUCCAGUCCAAUAAAUAUUCUCUACUGA